AUGGCAAAUCAAACUGUCACCAACUUUCUUACAUUACCGGUAGAACUUGUCUACCGAAUCUUGGAUUGUGAAUCGGAUUUAACACUUAUAUGCUCAAUGAGAAACACACUCACAACACUAAAACUACGACAUAAUCCGAUCGGAGAUGUUGGAGCACAAUUUUUGGGUAAUGCAUUACAGCACAACACAACACUUACCACAUUAUACCUCAGUUGUAAUCAAAUCGGAGAUGUUGGAGCACAAUCUUUAGGUGAUGCCUUACAACACAAUACAUCACUUACCAAACUAAAUCUCGGACAUAACGGAAUCGGCGAUGUUGGAGCACAAUCUUUGGGUGAUGCAUUACAACACAAUACAACACUCACCACACUAGAUGUCUCGAGCAAUGAAAUCGGAGAUGUUGGGGCACAAUCUUUAGGUGAUGCAUUACAACACAACACAACACUCACCACACUAAAUCUCGGACAUAACCGAAUCGGCGAUGUUGGAGGACAAUCGUUAGGUGAUGCAUUACAGCACAACACAUCACUUACCAAACUAAAUCUCGGGCAUAACCGAAUCGGCGAUGUUGGAGCACAAUCGUUAGGUGAUGCAUUACAACACAAUACAACAAUUACAUCACUUUACCUUUGGUACAAUAUUACAAUCAGUGAUCUUGGAGCACGAUUUUUGAGUAAUGCAUUACAACACAAUACAACACUCGCCGAACUACACCUCGGUGGUAAUAACAUUGUGCAUGAUGUGCUACAUGUAAUCAAAGAAUUACUUCGACGGAAUGAAAAUGGAAGAAAACCGUGA